AAAAAGAGUGACGGAUGGUACGAGACUAGAAUUCUUUCUAUCACCUACAACUACAACCUCAAUACUCGACCUACGACACGUAUGUCUUUAUGUAUGACAAUUGGAUAGUAUUUCAAGGAAGUUAUCACAUUGAGACUCUAUUACCAUGAUAAAGAUGCCGAAGCCACCUUUUGUAUGCCUUCAGUGUCGUCUAAUUCGACCUCAAAGAAGGCAAUACAUUUUGCGCAAUUCUACGACAGCACGCCUAUUCACCAAUUCAACCUAUAGAUAUAGCGCUAGUACUAGCCCUAAUAGCACUACCUCUAACUACAAUGACAUACCUAUUUCAACCAGACCCCCAAGUGCCCCCAAACCAAAUGUCGACAUAAAGCACAUUCGUCAGAACCCCACGUUGUACGAACAAAAUUGUCUAGAGAAGAAUUACAAAACACAAAGCACUUAUCCCUCUCGCAUAAUUGAAUUAUUCACGCAAUGGCAAACAUGUCAACAAGAUGGUCGCAGUUUACGCGAGCGAAGCAAUGCCUUACGCCGCCAAAUCGCAAAUCCGGCUACCAUUCAGCACGAAGACGAUGAGACAGAAUCUAAAUCUGCAAAGACAACACCAAUACCCACCACCGCAACUACCGAAGAGAAUGUAAAGGCCAUGACAAAGGAACAGCUUAUGGAAGAAGCACGUGCUCUCAAAGAACAACUCUCGACGAUCGAAGAAGACGAAGCUCGGCUCGAGGCGCAAAUGACCGACCUAGCUCUCGCUAUUCCCAACUUAACAAGCCCAGAUACGCCUCGUGGUGACGAACCCCGCAUACUAAGCUAUAUAAAUGAGCAUCCGGAGCCACCAUCGUCAUCAUCGGAUCGCGUCUGGCGGUCUCACGUACAUAUUGGUUCCGAGCUCGGUCUUCUCGAUUUCGCCGGCGCCGCUACAACUUCUGGGUGGGGGUGGUACUACCUACUCGACGAGGGCGCGCAGCUAGAACAAGCCCUUAUAAGCUAUACUCUUGCUGUGGUAACCAAACAGGGGCUAGGGUGGCGGCAAGUCGCGCCCCCGAGCAUUGUAUACAAUCACAUCGCUGCGGCCUGCGGGUUUCAGCCACGCGACCAAAAUGGCGAGCAGCAGAUCUAUUCCCUAACGAGGUCCGCUGCCGACGCUGCGCGCGGCAAGCCGGAAUUAUGUCUCGCUGGUACAGCAGAGAUCCCGCUCGCAGGACUAAAAGCCAAUACUGUGCUGGAAGAAGCCGAUCUACCACUAAAAUACGUUGGUGCAUCGCGAUGCUAUCGCGCCGAGGCCGGGGCGCGAGGUGCCGAUACCAAGGGCCUGUACCGCGUUCACGAAUUCACCAAAGUCGAGAUGUUCGCAUGGACACCACCCGACAGCGACGCAACAACCGAAGUUUUUGACGAGAUGAUCGACCUGCAGACUGAAAUAUUGCAAGGUCUAGGUCUUCCAUGCCGCGUCCUCGAAAUGCCGACUGCCGACCUUGGCGCUUCGGCAUCGCGCAAAGUCGACAUCGAGGCGUUUUUCCCCAGCCGACGCAGUAGCGGUGCGAGUGAUGGCGGGUGGGGCGAGGUUACCAGUGCGAGCGUGUGUACGGAUUACCAGGCGCGAAGGUUAGCUACGCGAUCGCGCGGCCGCGGUGGCGCGAAAUUGGCGUACCCAUGGACCGUGAACGGGACGGCUUUGGCAGUACCCCGAGUCUUGGCUGCGGUUUUGGAGAAUGGUUGGGACGAGAACGAGCUGGCGGUUACGAUUCCCGAGUGCCUUAGACUGUGGAUGGAUGGAAGGGAGAAGAUUACUGUGAGAGAUCAUCGGAAAUAAGAGUCUAAACUUGAGAAACGUUUAUUAUUAGAGGUAAAUGACCACUGGUUUACCAAUACUAAUAAAAACGAAAAGAGAAGACAUGCAGACUGUGGCUGCAUGUGUAUCAAUAUCGCACCGAAGGAUAUGGAAAAGAAAUUAAAACGUGACACACAAGUUAGAACUAUCAAGUCACUUAAAUCAAUCAGUCAAUUGAUGUAGAAAAAAAUGUUUGAGUAUGGAUCCGUCAUCAUUAUCAUAAGUAAUAAUGCUAUGGAGAACCAAGACCUAUUCCCUUAAACAAAGCCACUCCAAUUCCUCCUACUCCUACACCCCUACUACUGCUACUCAUGGAUAAUAAAACAAUCUCAAUCUCCUCGAAAGCAGCAGCAAUAUGUAAUCAAUCGGCCACACCAG